GAGAUUUGGGCUUCGCACAUUCUCAAGAUGUACUAGUCGACCCAACCGGCCAUUAAUACAACCACCAACGGCCCUAACCACUGCGGCUCACGAGCGAGCCUAGUACCUGUCCGGCGUCGGGUCUUCUUCCCCAACUGCAGUUCCUCAAAAUUUCCAGAGCAAACAACGCAGCUGAACAGAGAGAAGGAAGGAGGAGAUGCUCAGGGCCUUUUCCCUCCUGCGAACUCCACUAAGGUCAUUCCCUCAAUCCUUGACUUCAGUAGCCCAGUUUUCUUCGCAUUUUUACAAGACUCGAAUACCGUUCGGAGACCCCGUCGACCCACCGUAUCCAUUUCCCUUAAACCCUCCCUCUAUUUCAAUCUCCUCUUCGUCAUUCUUGUACUCGCCGUCGCGACACAAACAUGGAAGCUCAUAUGAAGACAAAUCGUUGUACAAUAAAGACUCGACGAGCCCUCCGAGGCUGUUGGUGGUGCAGCCUCGCCUCAGGGCCCAGACCCUUCUGCAGGCGAAGCUCGAUGAAGCUCUGAACCUCGCGAAUUCCCUUGAAGAACAGCGAGAUGGCUACUUCGACACUGAAUUUUGUGAGAAAGAGUUGCCCCCACACGUUGUUGUUCAAAACCCACUGGCCAGAUCCCCUAAGGGUCACGCAGAUACAUAUUUUGGGCUGGGGACUGUAGAAACUGUUAAAUGCCAUCUAAACGUUGUGGAAUCAAAGAGUGGAUUAGAUGCUGUUUUUGUAAAUGCAAUUUUGUCAGGUGUUCAACAACGCAAUUUAGAGAGGGGUUGGGGCAAGCCAGUUUUGGACCGUGUGGGCCUUAUAAUUGAGAUAUUCAAUGCUCAUGCUUAUACUAAGGAAGCAAAGCUGCAGGCUGAAUUAGCAGCUUUAAUUUACAAGAAGUCUAGGCUUGUGCGCAUACGUGGCCCCAAUGGACGUUAUACUUUUGGAGCUACCGGAGAAGCUGAAGUUGUAAGUGCCCGAGGGAGGGGAAGUGGUGGACGUGGUUUCAUUAGUGGUGCUGGAGAAACAGAACUUCAGCUUCAACGUCGAAGAAUUUUAGAACGGCGAAAUCGUUUGUUGUCCCAGAUUGAAGAGGUUCGUCGUACCAGAGCUUUGCAGCGAGCUGCUCGCAGGAGGCAUGGGAGCUCAGAUGGUCGAAGUCUAGCAACUGUUGCUGUUGUGGGGUACACAAAUGCUGGUAAAUCCACAUUAGUUAGUGCACUGUCGGAUACUUAUAUGUACAGCGAUGAUCGAUUGUUUGCAACUGUUGAUCCUAGAUUAAGAAGUGUUGUUCUUCCUUCAGGGAGGAAAGUGCUUCUUAGUGAUACAGUGGGGUUUAUAUCAGAUUUGCCUGUACAGCUAGUAGAAGCAUUUCAUGCAACUUUGGAAGAAGUGGUGGAAGCUGACCUCCUCGUGCAUGUAAUAGACUCCAGUGCCCCGAAUCUGGAUGAGCAACGGGCAGCCGUGUUGCAAGUUCUAGAUCAGAUAGGAGUCUCUGAAGACAAGAUCCAGAGUAUGAUUGAAGUCUGGAACAAGAUAGAUCUUCAAGAAGAGGGGAUAUGCACGGAUGAAUAUGUAGACUAUGGUGAAGAUGAUGAAGCUGGCAACUACUCAGGUGCAGAAGCCAAUGAUGCAACAUCUGAGCUAUCACCUGGGGAAACUGUUGAUGAUGAAGAUAAUGAUAAUACUGCAUCUGAUUCAUGGGGAGAUGUAAUAGAGACCAUGGGUGGCCAGCAGGGUGAUGAUUCUGAGAGCUGGCUGUCAACAGGAGAUGACCAAGAGAUUGUGGAUGACCAAGGGGAUUCCUCUCUGUGUUGGAAGACAACAGAUGACAAGGAAAGUCAGUACUCUGAAGAUGGAAGAAUGAUUGAAAAAGUUUGCCAUUCUCAACCUGAACCUGUUCCACAUAUCAAAACAUCUGCUAUAAUGGGUGUUGGCUUGCAAGAGCUGUUAACACUCAUUGAUGAGAAACUGGAGAAUGAGAAAGCAUCAAAAACGGGUGUCUUUGAUAAAAAAUGGAGGCCGCCUCAAACAAAAGAUACUGGUAUAGUGGUUGAACAGUAGAACCUAUUAUGAAAUCCAUAAAUAGCUAGCUUUGAAGUGCUACACUUAAGCUAGUUGGAGGCCCGUUGAUAAGCAUACUUGUUGACCAUGGAGGAAACUCUUCCUUCGCCUUCAUGGCUUUCAUCUAUUGCUGAGGGGUGCAUGGCUUGGAAGAGAAGGGAAUAUUUUGCAAGGAAAAAUUAAGUUGCCGUUGUGCUAGGUUAUGAGUUUUCUCCUCAACUCAGUAUUCUGGUGUGUUCUGGAUCGUACUCAACCUUGAAUUUUUGAAAAAAUUUUCCAAGAAAUUUUGACAAUGUAUUUCUGUGGUCUCUGGCUAUUUGAAUUUCAUCUAGUGAUUUGGAUGCUUGUAUAAAUGAAUGAAAUAUGUGUCAUUUCAUUAAACUA